AUGGAACAGCACAUUCAAGUCAAAACACAUAGCUUCAAAAAGACCUCCAUGAUGAGUUUCCAAAUUAGUUUCAGUGUGCUCGCAGCUCUUGCUACAAUACUACUCACGACUACUGCCGUAUCAUCCCUUCAUACUCGCCAAACCCAACAAAAUAUCAUCGUCGACCUCACCAAAGGCUAUCAAACCAUUGAUGGGUUCGGAGUGUCCGCCGCUUUUCAACGCGCCAAUCUCAUCGUCAACCUACAAGCGCCAAAGCAGCGCGAAGUCCUUGACUUACUCUUUAACACAACAUCUGGGGCGGGCCUUUCGAUCCUUCGCAAUGGCAUUGGGUCGACCCCUAACAGCAAUAGCGACUACAUGAACACCAUCUUGCCUAAGUGCCCAAGUACGGCUGCUGAAGUGACAGUGGAUUAUGGUGGUUAUGUAUGGGAUGGUAAGGAUAGCGGACAGUUGUUCCUGAGUCAGAGAGCAAAGGAGUACGGUGUUCAGACGUUCUAUGCGAACGCAUGGAGUGCACCAGGAUGUAUGAAGACGAAUGGGCAGGAUACAAAUGGCGGACAACUCUGUGGAGUCUCAGGCACAAACUGCCGCACAGGCCUCUGGCUCCAAGCCUAUGCAAACUACCUCGUCGCAUACGUCAAUUUCUACGCCUCUGCUGGCAUUAUUAUUACACACCUUGGCUUCCUUAACGAACCCGACUUCUCCACCUCGUAUGCCUCCAUGCUAUCCUCUGGCACACAAGCCGCCGAAUUCAUCAAAAUCCUCCGCCCAACACUAGACCGUCACAACCUCUCCAACGUAGGCAUAAACUGCUGCGAAGCCACUGGCUGGACCGUCGCCUCUCAACACGCCUCUCAAAUCGCUGGCUCUGGCGCAGAGCCCAUGCUCUACGCCCUCACAAGUCAUGAAUAUACAUCGCGCAUCACAACUCCGCUCCGCACCGCCGCACGCGUCUGGCAAACAGAGUACUCAGACCUCAGUGGUCGCUGGAGCACGUCAUGGUACUCCAACGGCGGCGCCGGCGACGGAUUCACCUGGGCCAACAACAUCUUUAACGGCGUUGUCAAUGCGAAUCUCAGCGCCUACAUCUUCUGGGAAGGCGUGCAAGACCGCGCAACGAACAACAAUAACAACGAGAAACUCAUACUCGUGGACGGGCAGACCUACCAGGUCAGCAAGCGUCUAUGGGCAUUUGCGCAGUGGCGGGUUGUUAGGCCGAGGGCUGUCAGAGUCGCGGUUACUGGCGGGGGCAAUGUCAAGAGUGCGGCGUUUGUGAAUGAGGAUGGCGGAGUUGCGGUUGUGAUUAUCAACUCUGCAGGUGCUGCGCAAAAUCUUGGUGUUGUGGUGGCAGGAUAUGGAAGUGCUAAGGCGUGGUAUACGGACAACACCCAUGACAUGGUUGCAACGACGGUGACGGUGGGGGGCGAUGGGACGGCGAGUGCGAGUGUGCCUGGUCGGGGUAUGAUUAGUUUCUUGUUUAGAAGGGCAGGCAAUGGGACGGUGGUUUGA